CUCACGAGCAGAGUCGGUCAAGUCGCUCGGCGUCAAGAAGCACGCGCGCAGCUUCGAUGUAAAAAUCGUGCGGCGUGUUCGGUGCUCGCGGAACCGUCGAGGAUGCCGUUGACGUUCUGAUCCGGACGUCGAGGUCGUCGCCGCAACAUGUCCAUGUGCUUUCGCGCGCUACCCGGGAGACUGUCGUCGCUCGUCGGCGGACGAAAACCGCUGUCGAAGCUGGACCGUCAUCGGCUCCGGGAGCGACACGUCGAGUCGUCCGCCUUCCUGAAACAGUUUCUGGGUACACAAAGAGCAUUAUCAGUAAGAGCAAAUACUACAAACAAAUCAGUAAUACCUUACGUGAGUUGUACAUUGCAUCCAAAUUUAUCGCUUGCUUCUCUCGACACUUGUAGUCAGUGGAAUAAGAAGCUAGAUAGGCAAUAUGUCGAUGGCAAGAUUAGGAGAGACACGAUGUACUGGGACCAAAGCUCGCAUAGACUGCACAAUAGGUUCCAGAGGCCCAUUGUUGCCUUUUCAAAAAACAGAAAAUACAUAAUUCCUACAGGAAUCUCUUCGGACAAUGUUACUAUAUUUCAGAGAGAAAACAUUGUAGAAAAUGAUAAUAAUUCGCUUCUAGAUAAUAAUAGAAUUUCUUCAGAAAGCUUACACAGUAGUUGGAAAUCAAAUAUCGACAGAAAUAUUUUAUUAACCUCUGAUGAUGGCGUUUUAAAAACGAGUCCUCAAUCACCACCAUUGCAAGAUAAUGAGGGUAAACCAUCGCAGGAACAGCUGCAAUAUAUAGUUGAUUCUCUUAGUCAAGAUUUACCAAAGUUGUUUGUAAAACCUCAGAAUUUUUCGAUAUACACUAAGGAUGUAAUUUUUAUUAAUAACAUUAGGGGAGUGACAACAAGGGGAGUUGUAAAUUAUGCAAAACAAUUAAUAUUCUUAAGGAUGAUUGGUCAUAUAAAAUUUGCACAUGUCAGCCUUCAAGUUAUAAAAAUCACGAUGCAUAGCGAUGAUGGUACUGUAAAGGUUCGUUGGCGUAUACGAGGUGUCUCAGGCUGGAGGGUUUUCUACAUGUUUUGGAAGUACAAAUUUUGGAAAAUACGAGAUUCUAUAGACAGCAAUCACGAGAUAUGGUAUGAUGGCUUCUCUACUUAUUAUGUUAAUGGCGAUGGAAAAGUCUACAAGCAUGUUGCAGAUAAAGUGAUGCCCGAUCAAGAUGUAGUUGCGAAAAAAGAUGACCUAAACAUUGCACCAAAAUUAGCACUAUUCAAAAGUUUUGCUUGUUGAUAAUGCGACGAGAACUUCAUUGAAUUAAAUCCAGAUUUAAAAUUGCAUCAAUUAAAAUAAAUGGCUCAGCAAUAAUUGUCGAGCACUGGAAUUACAUAAUUUUAUUUGAACCGUCACAACAAAUCGCAAUAAGAACGCUUUUUUCCACAAAUUGAUAAUUUUGAGUGUAUGUCAGUAUACGUUUCUUUGCAAAUGUAUUAUUGCAUAACAAUUAUUGAUAGUAAAUAAGUGAGAGGUAUGAAUUAAAAACAUGUAUAUAAACAA